AUGGAAGAAGAAGCUGGUCCAAGACGGUGUGGAGGAAAUCAUGUGCCGACGACCAAGCCAAAGUUCACCCGCGCGCCCCCCGGCAUUCCGCUUCCCCCACAAAUCCGGUCGCAUGUUGCCGUUACGCUGGUUCACCGUGCUUUUGCACACAUCAUCUCGCAAAUUCUCAAGAUGAGUCCCCGAGACAUAGAGCGCCCGGGCUCCCCUGCUCCGAAGAAAGUCCGGAUCGCCUGUCGCCGGUGUAGAGCUAAACGUGUCAAGUGUGACGGCGGCAUCCCCGCAUGCAGCAAUUGCGCGCGAGCGAGGGUCCCUUGUAUCGAUGUUGACGGUCGGAACCGUGACAUCUCUAUUCCUCGCGAUUUCAUCGCGCAAUGCCGUACCAGGAUAGCAUGGCUAGAACAACAGAUCAAGCUUUUGGACCCGGACUUUGAUCUGACAAAGGGGCCAUCAGUGAACUUGGGUGAGAAUGAAUUGACGUUGCAGUCUAGUUCAGGGGUUUCAGACUGUAGCAAUGCUGUCACUAUGCUGGAGACUGAGACACAGAGUCGCGACAAGCCAGCCACGAGAAAACGACCAUACGACUUAGUCGAGGACCCAGAAACUGAUCAGACCCCCCGCGCAGAAGCUUCUUCAGUGGCAAAUGCUUUUGGAAUGCUGUCGUUACAUUCAGAUUCUCGACAGCAGCACUACAUGGGUUCUUCAUCGGGAUUGCUGUUCACCAAGCUCAUUGGAGUGGAUAGAGAUACACAGAUAUCUAGCCCGUCAUCCUACAGUGAAACCAGCAAGUAUGGGCGGCGCUCAAUCUCCCAAUCAUUGAAGCAAGGAUAUCGCUCUCUGUACCAGAGCUUAGCAAGGGAACUCCCUUCCCCUGAGGAAGCUGAAGUAUUACUUGCAGUUUACUUCCAGCAUAUACAUAUUGACUAUCCCGUCCUCCACGCGCCUUCACUGAUAAAUGCGUAUUUGGCGCUGUAUGAGAGCACACAAAUGGAACCUACAGGCCAAUAUGAUAGCAACGGGUGGAUGGAAGGGCUAGAACCCUUCGAGUACAACGGGAUGGCUGAUAAAGAAAGCGGCAAACAGUCUACGCCGAUAACUGUCUUCACAGCCGUGGUUCAUGUAUUCAUGGUGUUCUCUCUGGCAGCAACCGUACUAACACGCAAGAAAAACUUUGACUACUCUCCGACGAAAUUUUACAGAAUGGCCUUAGCGGAAACCUCCAGUUGCUUCUCCUCAGUGUCAGUGACAUCUCUGCAGGGUAUUUUACUCUUGGCAAUUCAUAGCAUGAUCUGCCCGGCUGGCCUCAAUAUCUGGACACUGGCACAUCUAGCAAUGUCGCAUUGUAUUGAUUUGGGCCUUCAUCGAGAACCUAGCCCGUCUACGAGCGUUUCCAGAACGUCUCUAGCUGUCAAGAGACUUAUAUUCUAUACAACAUACUCUCUCGAUCGGACAAUCGCCACCAUCCAAGGCCGUCCAUUAGGGAUCAGGGAUGAAACAUUUGACAUACAACGUCCCGAAGUGGAAGAUGUCACUGAAGACUUGUCUAGUCUUGCAGAUUGCAAACUCAACGUGUCAGCACCAUCAUCGGCCCAUAUGACAAUGUCCAUCCGGCGUUUCAGACUGGACCAAUACAUAACUGAGAUAAAGCUCCUUUUCUAUCACUUACCCAAACAGCUUCGCCCGCUCGUGUGGCCGAAUGACCUUGAGAAUCAUCAGGCACAGAUCAAACUUGACCUUGAUGCAUGGUUAACCGAGACAUCUCUCAUACAGCCGCCCACUGACCGAGAGGAAGACAGAAAAAGCGUCCACCGAAAGUUACGCAUAUACGAUCAUCUCAGUACAGAGGAGCAACUCUAUUACAACUGGCGAAACAUCCACGGUAUAUUUUCCUCGGGCGCGACACUGAUCUACUGCAUCUGGGCAUCGCCCUCUCUUCAGGCCACCAUUCCGUUUGCGGAGGUAUUAAGAGACCUGCGGACUUGUUCCAACCUCCUCAGUAUCGGUGGUCAGUGGUGGCCUUCCGUACGUAAUGGCAAGGGAAGCUUUGACAAGAUGGUCGAUCUUACUAUACGGCAGUUAAGCCGUACUCAGACCUCUACGCCGCAAACGCGGCGCUCGCUACAAACACAACAUACUGAGAUUAGCUGUCAACCUGAUCUGGGCCAUUCCAAUUUGGUUCCGGGAUAUUCUAGUACCCGGGGUAUUCAGCCAACAGAAGUCCCAUCCAGCCACCCCGACGGGCACGGAGGUCUCCCCAAUGAGGGGUUUCCUGACCCUACAGGAGACCAUUUGGAUCUUGACUUUGGAGAACCUGGAUUAUUGUUUUCCAACCCGAUUGGUAUGGAUGCUACAGACACAUAUUCCAUUGAUUCUGCGAUGGAAAGCUUUCUCGCCGAAUUUGUCCGCGGAGACUGGGGCUGGGACCCAUUCUCAGGCACAACGGCUUUGUGA